AAUUGUACACUAAUCAUCUUGCGCAUUUGUGCGCGAAGUGCUCAUUCCAGUAUUUUGUAGUCUGGAGGAAAUGAAGUAUCGAUCCUAAAAAAAACAGUCUUGAAUAAGGUAGAACUCAUUGCUCGGCACCUUGCACGGUAUAAGAGUUACAACGGAUCACUUUAUCCGAUCAUCCACUCGAAUUCCAUCGAGCGUUGAGGUCCGUUGACAUUUCCUGACGGAACCGACGUUAAUGUUCUGGAAGAGUUUUUAUUUUCAAAGGAAGCUCGCAGCCGUACAGACAUCUACGUCAUCACCAGGCUAAAGAAGGCGUUUAUUCUUGAGUACAUUGCUAGCCUCCGGCCGGAAACCGUCUGCUAAAAAAAGCCUGAGAUCACCUUUCUUGAAAUUAUUUUAUUUACUCACUUCAAGAUCGGAUAUUCAGCCUAGUGAAAGUGGAUGCGCGAAGACGCCAGACUGAACGACUUUCAUCUGUUAGUUUCGGCACGUAAAAUUCUCAGAGAGCAUCUGGAAAACCCGAAGUAAUCUGAAUAUUUGACGAAAACGUUAGAUUCGUGGAAUUAUCGCACUUACAGAACUAUCAACCGUCAUGAUUGGCUGUAUGCUGCAACCACGUGACCAGCGACACAGUCGAACACGGAAAUUGUCAAGCGACUGGCUCAAAAUGGCCGUCAAUGGUCCUCCCAGUCGAAGCACACGGUUCUUCACACGUUUACAAGACGCUUUAACUCAUUGUGUAACCCCGCGUUUGCAGAUCGACAGGAAAACUAUCGAGAAAACAUGGAAGCUGAUGGACAAGGUGGUAAAGCAUUGUCAAAACCAGCGGCUCUGCCUCAAGAACAGUCCUCCAUAUAUUCUAGACAUUCUCCCCGACACUUACCAACAUUUGAAGUUGAUUAUUUCGAAGUACGAGGAUAGAAUGCACAUUUUGAACGACUGCGAGUAUUUUAGGAUAUACAUAGAGAACCUCCUCAAGCAAUCCAAGCUGGCGAUCAAGCUUUUCAAGGAGGGAAAAGAGAAAAUGUACGACGAAAACUCGACGUAUCGACGAAGCUUGACAAAACUGAGUUUGGUCUUCAGCCAUAUGCUAGCCGAAGUGAAAGCAAUAUUUCCUCAAGGGACUUAUAUAGGCGACGGCUUCAGGAUCACCAAGUAUGAUGCCGCUGAAUUCUGGAGAAAGAAUUUUGGAAUCAACAAAACGACAGUGUCUUGGAAGCAAUUUCGUCAAACUCUUCAGACAGUACACCAUAUCAGCUCGGGCUUGGAGGCAAUGGCCUUGAAGUCAACAAUAGAUCUUACAUGUAAUGACCACAUAUCCAUAUUUGAGUACGAUGUCUUCACAAGGCUGUUUCAACCAUGGUCACAUCUGCUUGUAAACUGGAAUCUUCUUGCUGUGACGCACCCUGGUUAUUGCGCUUUUAUGACUUAUGACGAAGUUAAAGCUAGGCUUUGUAAACAUGUAGACAAACCAGGAAGUUACAUCUUCAGAUUGAGCUGCACAAGACUUGGCCAGUGGGCUAUUGGAUACGUAACACCAGAGCACACAAUUCUUCAAACCAUUCCUCAGAACAAGUCACUAUGUCAGGCGCUGUUAGAUGGAGCAAGGGAGGGAUACUACCUGUACCCAGAUGGAAAAUCAACCAAUCCUGAUGUCAGCCAUCAUCUGAUCACUCCCCCUGACGAGCAUGUUACUGUAACAGAGGAGCAGUAUGAGCUCUACUGUGAGAUGGGCUCCACUUUUCAGCUUUGCAAGAUUUGUGCCGAGAAUAAUAAAGAUGUGCGGUUGGAGCCCUGUGGUCAUUUAAUGUGUCACCUUUGCUUAGAACAGUGGCAAGAGACCGGUGGCGAGGGCUGUCCAUUUUGCCGUUCUGAAAUCAAAGACAUGCAGACCAUUGUAGUGGAUCCAUUUGUGCCACAUCUUGAACAGGAAAUGUCACCUAGUAACUCUACUGACAGCCAAGACCACCUUGACUUUGAGGAAGAUGAAAUCAUGGAGGAUCCAAGUCAGUGGGUGCCAGUGACAGAAGCGAGAGUUUAUUCUUCUCAACAAAGUGGAACAUAUCCACAUUUACAGCAGGAGAACAACAAUGAGCAGUCCAGGUCUGCAGAAGAUGCACCCCCGCCCUUGCCGCAGAGACGAAACCAUAUGCUUGGCCUGCAGUCACCCACCUCCCCAACUCUGGUAGUAACACAUGCAUCACCAUUUGGUUCUCCUAGGACCUCCUCAAGGUCCUCGCCACGACAUUCACCAUGGAACUCUCCAAGGAACUCUCCCAGAAACUCACCGAGAAAUUCUCCAUUAGCAUCCCCAAAUGUCUCGCCACAUUCUUCACCUCUGACCUCUCCAUGUGGCUCACCACAUAACUCUCCUGCGCAGUUGCGCAAGGGACGCCGACCACCACCCCCAGCCAACUCAGACGAAGACAGCCCUCCUGCAGUGCCAGAAAGACGAUACAAACACAGAGGUGGUAGUUUAGAGAAUAAGGAGAAUAAAAAUGGAUCUGCUGGUGCGAAGCAUGAACUCAACAGAAGGGACACGAUUGGGUAUGCAGACAUUGAUGCUGCUAAUGUGGUGAAUGAGCCUUAUAGUCCGCAACAAUCAAAUAAAACAAACUAUGCUGAGCUAGCUUAUCCUGUUCCAGAGAGCCCUGAGCUUGAAAGCAGGGAAGAAAGUAGGUCAAAUGAAAACAUGUUUGCUGAAAUUUGUCCAAAUGAAGAAAAAAGCUCGUACGAUUUCCCUCUUCCUAUUCUGUCAGACAGAGGGCAUUCACACGAUAAGACACCUGGUAAGAAGAAUGGUUUAGAAGAUGAUUCGAGCAACUUGCAAUCAGUUGCAGACCCUUUUGCUGAUGACCCAUUUGUAUCAGCAGGUAAAUCAAAAUUUGCUCACUUUGAUGACGAUUUUGUAAAGGGGCCACUGGUAGUGGAAUUGCCACCACCAGGGCGUUCACAAAGCUAUCAUUCUGGCGCACCACGUCAAGUUCACAUGAAUAAAGACAAAAAUCCACGUCCUGCAAGGACCUUCACCAAGGCAAGAUCCACUGAUGAUGUGCUCGAUGAUGCUACAUAUUCUAAUGUUCAAAGAGGCAGCAGUAGAACUGCUGUCCAAAAUAAUGACUUUGAGUCCAACAGAAAUUCUGCUGCGGACAUUGUUCACAAUAGGACUUCGCGCCCAGCACUUAUUUCUCGCAACAGUUGGGCAGGAGCAGAAGCAAAAAGCUUCAGCAAUCCGACAUAUGGUACACAGGGCUUUGACCCAAGUAAGUUGGAAGCACAAGAUAGUCACAGGCCACCACGUUCCAGGCGUCCAGAUGAAGAUCCAAACAUUGACGACAUGCAGUUUUAUGAAGAAGAUUUUACAAUUCUUCAAGCACAAGGUUACACUCGAGAUGAGAUCACCCGGGCACUGAUUGUCGCUGAGAACAAUUUUGCUAUGGCAAGGAAAAUUCUGCGUGAAUUUUCCCAAGGUACGAGGAAGCUCUGAAUAGUAUUUGCAGUGAAACAAUUACAUUAGGAUGUGGUGGGAAGCGUCUGCAAUAAAGCUGUAAAAGAUGAUCUUACUGUCAGACUGAAAACAUUUCUGAAUUUGAUACAAUGAACUCUGGUGAGCUGUUCGGUAAUCAUGCAGAUUUUGUGGACAAUAAUAAUUUUAAAAAUGACAAGCUCUGUUGCAGUUUCAACUUUCAUGUGAAGACUUUAUUAGGCUAGCACUGUGAAUUUAAGCCGUAUCGGUAUACAGCCCAUAACCUUUUAAGUCCCAAGGACUGCUAAGUAUGAAUUUCUCCAGGUAUUAUUUUACCAAUCUAACCUACAGGCCAUUAACAUUGAGAAGUUAGUAUCAAAGGAAAGUUGUCUUACAGUACAGUGAAGUGUGGUAUACUAUUGGCAGUAGUUUUAUCAAGUUUGGAAUUCUUUUCAACAUUCUGUCAAGAUUCAUUUGAUGUUUUCAUUAAGGGCUGGACAUCAGACAAAUUGACCAGCUGUGAGGACAAUUUCUCCGCCUAAUUUGACCAUUUAGCAGAAAGUUGUUCUUGUAAAGAAGUUCCAUUCAAAUAGUUUUGCCCACCUGUGAAAACCAGUUACUCUCCUGCUGAAAAUGUUAAUGAAACCCCUGGAUUAACUCAUCAAAAUGUGAGAAACGGGUGGACAGAGUUUUCAUAACAGCAUGCCUCUGACAUGCUGGUUCCAUUUUUAAAUUCUAAGUCAAUCGGGACUCAUUCAAAAAUUGUUAAAAAGAUGCCAAAAAUUCAUCAUUGGAAUUGUGUAUGGCUCACUUCACUGCAUUGUGAACAUUCUCCUUCCUAGUUCUAUAUUAAAAGAAAAUGAUAAUGGCUACUAGCAGGGGGAAAUAAAUUGCAUGUUGACAAUAAUAUCGGGUUAAGAAAUUUUGGAACUGAUGGUGACACAAGGUUACAAUAAAACCUAAUUGCCAGACAUCCUCCAACCUUCACAUAAUAUCAAUAAUUAUUAUUAGUGUGCAUAAUAGCAGAGAGAAUUUCAAAAUUUUGGAAAUUUUCUUUUAGGGCUGUAAAAAGAAAUGAUUACCAGCUUUUUGUUGUAUUUGCUUGAGCAACAAAAUGUUUGAGACUCCCCACCCCUCAGAGUAACCAGUAACCUUCCAUUCGGUGGGGGGUGUGGAUAUUUUUUGGAACUGCACAACUGGUAAAAAUUCUUUGUGCCCCGAAUGUAGAAUAUGACAAGUGAACAGGUUUCAAUGGCUGUAGUUUGGUCAUAUGUAUGCCUGGCAAUCAAUUAUAUUCUAUCAACAGAAUUCAAUUUUAUAAGUCAGAAAUUUCUUUUUUCUUCAAGUCUCAACAUGAUGUUUUUUAGAAUCAAUUUUUCUGUGUUAAUUAAAUGGAUAUUGCUUGAUUCAAGCUCUAUAAGAUUUAAGUCAAAGGUGAUAUGAUUUUAAAGUUGUGGAAAUCAAAAAAAUCAAUAGAAGCAUGUGGUAAAUGCUUAUUAUUAUUAUUAUUGUUAAUAUUAUUACUGCUAAUUUUUAGAACAGGAAGUUUUCUGUGUUAUGCAAUUCUGAGGUGUUCCAAACAUUUCAAGGCUUUUAAAUACUGUUAGAUUGGGGAUACUUUUAACCAUAUUGUAUGUUUUAGCUCUGAUUUUGUGUUAAAACACUUAGUAAUGUAAUCAUCUACCAUUGAUUAUGCAAGAGUCCCACUCUAUCUGUUGCAUUUUUGACAACAGAUGCCCCCUUCCCUUCCUUAAUUCAUCCUUGCUUUUGAUGCAAGACUUAUAUUUGACCUGUAGAAUUGUGUUAAGAUGAAGCAGUCCAUGAUUAGUUGUUGUUUGUUUCAAUUGUUUAUUUCAUUAUUGUUAUGUUCAAGUAUCAGCCAGUAGACACCAAAUAGAUCUAAUAUGUCCUAUGUUACAUGCUGAAAAAUUCACCACCAAGCCUUGUUUGCACAAAGUUUUCUCAAACUUGUGGCAUCUUCAAGUUGUUUUCAUGUGUGUGUGUGUUCUUUUCAUCUUUGCUGCUUUGAGAAUUUGUUCGUGACUAAAUUUGAAAUUUGCAUUUUCAAACAGAGGCUUGGUGGUGCUUUGGGCUAGUCUGAUGCCAUCAUGCAAAAGGGCUGUUCUGUGGAGCAUCAUUAAUACAAUUAUAUGGAAUAAUGUUGUUUGGGUCAAAUAUUGAGAAUCUGAGGAGGAAAUUGAACAGUCGGUAAAAGCCAACGUAACAUGUAGGUAGAGAUGGUCUCUUCAUGUUCUGAUGCUCCAGCUGUUCAGGUUAAAUAUUCUGUGAGACUUUUUCAAAUCAAUGUUACUAGUGCCUAGAAUAGAGAAUAUUUUUGUAGAUAGAUGGCAAUGUGUACAGUAUAAUGUUGAAAUCACCAGUGAUAGAUUGUUACCUUUAACACAAAAAUACAAAGCUGUAUUUUAAGAACGGUAUUUAAUUUAAUGAAGUAGAAAAUGUCAACAGCGAUUCAUUGUAAUAUAUGAUCUUGAGAAUUUUGCAUUUACCCAGAGAUUUAAUCUGUUACUGAAGUAGCUGUAUCAGGCUAAGCUGGUUUCCUUUAGAAACCAAAAUCAUUAAAUUAUGAUGAAAAUAGUCA